AAAUUACGCGCUGUCUAUUAGCAGAAGUUGGUGAAAUAUACAUUUUUUUGUUGUGUAUGUUGGUAGACAUUUUUGUUUACAUUCUACGAGAAUACUAUUUCAUGUGGUUCUCUAUGUUUUGAGUGGAUAUAUCAGGGUAUAUGGAGGAAAAUGAAUAUUUUAGGAGAUUCAUGUCAAUGGACAUAAGUUUAGUCGAGGAGGAUAUUUCAGAUGUGAAGGAACGCGAGCAGGCGUGGAACUUUGUUUCGUGCCUCUACGGUCAAGGAGGAAUCGUAGACGAGAAUGGUGACUUCAACAAAGAUGGGUUUGAUAUGUAUGUUGGAGCCAUUUGGAAAGGAAAGGAUGAGAAAAAGAAUGCAUUAAGUAUAAUCAAAGCUGCAGCCGAAGAGGCAUCUACUGAAGGGUCAUGUCCAGCCGAGAAAGCUUUAUUCUUCUACAGAAAACUCAAAGAAAAGGAACUAUGUUUGCCGCAAAAAAUACAAAAUAACAUGAAGAUGAGAGAUGCAGUGAGAACGUGCUUGGCAAAGUAUCCAAUCGGAUUUGUUGAUAUGAUGAACAUUUUAGGAAUGAAGCAUCCGAUGACAGACGUCGAAGCGUCGUACGCAGCGUGUUUUAUGAUGGAAGUCAGUGGGGAAGGAGAGGAGAUCUGCCCUAACUAUCUCCCGGAACUCAUGGAGAAGAACCCGGACAAGGACCGAGCAGCCCAGGUCAUAGAAGCAUACAACAAAUGCAAGGAAGCAAAGGGUUACACGGACAAGUGUUUCAAAAGGGAUGACUUCGAAGAAAUAAAAACUUAUUUCCAUUACAUGUACGAUUGCCUUCCGGAGCAUUGCGACGAUAUGUCGUAUGACGACGUCUGUCCAUUGCAUUAAUUUGCAGGUUUCUUCGUCGGAAAGCUGCACAGAUUGUAAGGAGUUAAAAAUUUAAAUAAAUAUUGGGUUCUUAUGAUUCAAUUUAUUUACUCACCUGAACCAGACAACUUUGUUUUUGAAUUUGAUAAUUCUGUAAAU